GGCGGCGGUUCGUCUGCCUGCUGCUCUGUCCGGCGGCUGCGUUCGGGCAGAGCCGCCGCCGAAGCGAAUGGGGAGGCGGGCGCUGAGGCGGCUGCCCUGCCGGGUUGGUCGGUAGCCGGGGCGGGGGGGUGGAGGGGGAGUGCGUGCAGCGGCGCGGCGGGCGAGCGAUGCCCCCUCACUUUUCUGCUUGCGCUGCCCUUCCUCCUCCUCUUCCUGCUCCCGGCUUCGAAGCUUUUGUUUUCCCCCGCCGCCGCGACGGCAGGAAACUUCCCGGAGGGAUGGGUUCGGGCCGGGCUUGUGCUGCGCUGGGCUCCGCAGGGCACCGGCCACGCCGUGAGUUCAUCGGAAAUGACAGUGCCUGGUUUGGGGAAUCGAAAUAGACCUAGUAAAGAUGCAAAUUCUUCUAAGAUCAUCAGUAAUUACAAGUUUUGCCCAGUUCUCGCUUAUGGCACCACACUGUCUCGCAUGUUAUUUGGAAUGGAAAUACUUUGCUGAACAGCACAGCACAAGAUGAUUUAUGAUUCCUGCUCUUCAUGGGAUCCUGUCUGGAUUGUCCCUGCAGAAUGCUGCAGCUUCCUUCCCUCUUCAGUGUUGGUUUGUGGAGUCAUAAACUUUGGUGGAACUUUGGGUGGAGGUACUGAUGUGAAUUUAAGAACUUUGAUUCCUUCAGACGUUGAAUUUUGAUUUGUUAAAUUACCAGGAAUAAGAUACUCCCUGAACAAGAUGAAAUGCCUUGAAGACCUUUGGUUCUGCUUUCAUUUCUCCUGAAGCAAUGGUUUUCUCAGCAAUGUUGACGCUGGCCCACUCUGGGACCUCAAAUGCUACUUUUAUUGUUUAUGAAAAUGCCUAUACGAAUUUUACCACUCCCCAGUUCUUGCUUCGUAGUGGCACAACACAACCAUUGAGAUAUAGUUCAGGUGCCGUGCUCACCACUGAGAGAAGUACUUUUCUGGUAAACGCUACAGCUAUCCUGCCAUCACAAGAAGUUUUCAGGAGCUUGAGUUUGCCACUCCAGAUCAUUCUUUCUGCUGCUAUGAUAUUUAUCCUAUUGGUUUCUUUCCUUGGAAACUUUGUCGUCUGCCUCAUGGUCUACCAGAAGGCAGCUAUGCGAUCUGCAAUUAACAUCCUCCUAGCAAGCCUGGCUUUUGCAGACAUGCUGCUGGCAGUGCUGAACAUGCCUUUCGCUCUGAUAACAAUCGUCACCACUCAGUGGAUUUUUGGGGAUAUAUUCUGCAGAGUCUCUGCCAUGUUCUUCUGGCUUUUUGCCAUAGAGGGGGUAGCCAUUCUUCUUAUUAUUAGUAUUGACCGAUUUCUUAUCAUAGUUCAGAGGCAAGAUAAACUGAACCCGUACCGUGCAAAGAUUCUUAUUGCAGUUUCCUGGGUGGCAUCCUUUGUUGUUGCUUUUCCGUUAUCAGUAGGGAAUCCUAAUCUGCAGAUACCCUCGAGAGCACCUCAGUGUGUUUUUGGCUACUCUACAAGCCCAGGUUACCAAGCCUACGUGAUCGUUAUCUUGCUAAUUUCUUUUUUUAUUCCAUUCCUGGUAAUGCUGUAUUCUUUUAUGGGCAUACUCAACACCGUCCGCCACAAUGCAGUUCGUAUCCAUAGCCACCCUGAUAGCAUAUGCCUCAGCCAGGCCAGCAAACUCGGUCUCAUGAGCUUACAGAGACCUUUUCAGAUGAAUAUUGAUAUGAGCUUUAAAACUCGUGCCUUCACAACCAUCUUGAUUUUGUUCCUCGUCUUCAUAGUCUGUUGGGCACCCUUCACCACUUACAGCCUUAUUGCCACAUUCAACAGCCACUUCUACUACAAGCACAACUUUUUUGAGAUAAGCACUUGGCUCCUUUGGCUCUGCUACCUCAAGUCUGCACUGAACCCACUGAUUUACUACUGGAGGAUUAAGAAGUUUCAUGAUGCAUGCUUGGACUUGAUGCCCAAAUACUUCAAGUUUCUGCCACAGCUACCUGGCCAUACCCGGCGGCGCAUUCGACCCAGUGCCAUUUAUGUGUGUGGGGAGCAUCGGUCAGUAGUGUGAAGCUGCGGUUGUUCGACAAUGAUUGUUAUUUUCUAGGAUUAUUUGUCUUAGGCUUUAGGUUGAAUUUUGUUUUCUUUAAUAUGGUUUCUUCAGUGUGGCCAUAUCUUAUAACUUGAUUAAAUUUUCCAGUACUCUGUGCAAUUUUGGGAAGAAAGAUAGAGGGAGGGAAAGUGAUUGGUUAUAGCGGGGUUUACUACCAGAAUACAAUGUAAACAAAAUAACAAAUGUUACCUCUAGGAUUCCAUGGAAAUCCAUUCUUUUAAAUGAAAACUACAUUUGUAACAUUUUGUCAGGUUUAUGCUUACUAGGCCUGCAAUUGCAUUUAAUUGUAGGGACUUUUUAUGCUGCUAAGAUACAGUAUAUUUAGGUGGUGUAAUUUUUCUGAAAAAUGUUGCUGCUGUCUGCCAAUAUAUUAGAGCCAAAAAGUCUCAUUAGAUUACUUCUAUUUAAUUUUAACAAUAUUUCAGAAGUUUUCAUGGUGACGCUAGAAAACUUUUUCUUUUUUUUUUUUUUUUGUAAAGUAUUUCCAUUAAUAUUUUUGUGCACUUUACAAAAUUUACUGUAGGAUUUGUUCAUUUGAAUAUUUUGUUCUUUUUUGAAGCGUUGUUAUUAUUAUUAUUAUUAUGUUAUGUUGGUGAGUUUCAAUGAAAGACCCAUGUAAGCUCUAGGAGGGCCAUUUAUGUUGGUGUAGCUACAUGUACAGUCAUAGAUUUUUCUGUUUUUUCUAACACCUGAUCAAAAGUAACAUUAACUGCUUGGUAAUCAGGGGAACUGGAAGGAGAAAAUGGAGGAAUGAGAAGGAAGGAAAGCAAUGACAAUACCAUGUCCCAAGGUUUAGACUAACACAAGAUUUAGAAAAAUGUAGUUCAUGUGAAAAUUGUCACAGGGGGAAAGGAUGGCUCUAGUUGUUACUUUAGGCUGUUAGAAGCUGUCCAAACCUGGUGGUAGGCCUGAAAGCCUGUCUGAAAUUGUGACUCUGGGCCUACAGUUCGCACUGGGUUGGUAUAACGCUGUUUCUGUUUGGAGCUUGUGUAAGGCUCCAUGUGCUCCACACUGCUGAAAUCAUGCUGUCAGGUGUUCAUUGAGAUAGAAUCAGAAAUAGUAGGAUAAACUAGCAAACAAAUAGCACAUGAAUCAUAGUUGAGUCUAGGACUUAGUCUACAUAGUAACGACUGGGAAAAAAAUCCUCUACUUGCUUGUUUUCCAGUUUAACUAUGAGACCAAAACCAUAAACUGAUGAUAAUGAAUAACAGUUGGCCAGCAGAGUUUGCUGGGGUUGUAAGUUAAAUUCCCCUUUUCCCUCUGAUACUACUUCAUACUGAUUUUUGUUGUUGUUCCCUUUCCUCUGUAGUGCCUCAAGGGUUUACUCUGCUGUUUUCAUCUAUUAGGCAUCAGCUUCUCUCCCUGAAAUGCCAAACCACCUUUCUGAUUAAUGUCAGGCUGUCUUGGUACCUGCUUGGAAAGCAGAAAGGCAAAGGUUUUACUUGAUGAUAGCAAUUCAGACUUGGAUAUUAUAUUUAUUUUAAUCGGCUAAAUAAAUAUUUAAUGUGAGGUAAGAAAAUUAAUGCUUAGGUUUGGUCUUUGAAAUGAGAUCUCCAGUUGCUCUGAGUCUGGGGAAGAAUGCCUGCAGAAUUUGUGUGCCCUUGCAGUGGGCUUUUUGGGGCUGUCUGUGAUCAAGUACAGGAGGAUUAAUGUAUAACAAACUCAUCAACCAGGGCUAGGGUUUGGGCUUCUCUUGCUUCCACCUCUUUCAGUACCCCAGAGCAUGGAGACCUCUUUCUUGUUCUUGUACCGAAGCAGCAAAUAGUAGCAAUCUUAUUUAUUUCUAUCUAUCCACCAGAACAGGGCAUUUCUUUCGUACACAUAGACGUGUCCAGGGACUGCUUGCUUCCUGAGGCCAACUAAACAUUUACACCCUAGAUUUUAUUUAGGUCUUCAGUGAAGAACUAAUUUAACAGUUAUCUCUGUUCUUCUCAUCGACAACUAUCAGUAAAAGUGUUGGCAAUAUUUAAAUUUUAGGAGUAUAAAAGGAACAAUUUUGAAUUUAGUAAUUUCAUUUUUAAAAAAAGCUGCUAGCUGAGGUUGUGGGUUACAUGUAAAGGCACCCAGGCAGUGCUGGUGCUAUUGAUGUCUGUGCUUUCUAUUUCUUCUCAACUUCACGGAUGAUGGUAUGGAUUUUUCUGAUCAAUAUGACAGGCAGUAAAGGAGUUCUGCUGUAAAACAGUGGUUUAGCAUGUCUUUGCAGUAUAGCUUUUAUUUCUCAAUUACAUUUACAUUGAUAGCGGAAGUUUAUGACCUGGUUAGUAUGGAUUUUCUGUUUCAGAGCUGUCAUGCCUGUUUAUCUCCGAAAGCAGCAAAAUCAUGCUUAGAGCAAAUGUAACAGAGUGAGAGCAUAUACUGUCUGAGAUGGCAGGAACAGGUAUUUUUGCUGUCUUCCAGAGCUAUAAUGUAAGAGGUCUGAAUGAAUGUCAUAAAACGUGGUAAUUCAAGAAGGGAAGAAUAUGAGUAAUACAGGAAAGUCAGUGAAAUUUCUUUCUUGAAGGGGGAGGGGAAAACAUUUUGUGGGGAUUUUAUAAUCUCUGACAAGUACUGGCUGUGAAGUAGAAAUUGCAAACAUCAAAGUUAAUUUGUCUUGAUAAUUUAGUGCUUGUUUACACUGACUGUAAUAGGGUUUGUGCUCAGAGCUGCAUCUGCUGAUGGUCGGAGGAAAGAAACCCAAAUUGUGUGGCCCAAACUCAGAGGUGAUUUACAUGGUGAUGCCGUAUUCACACCAGGUUUUAGCGGUGAUCAGAGCACGCAGUGAACAAAAAGGUGUUCAAAAAAAGAAACAAGGUGGCAUAAAAGUAUCCCCAGGGUAAUUAUGUGUUUACAGAACCAUUUGGGCUAUUGUGUCUAAUAUACUUUCUUUAGAGCAGUGCCUUGAUAAUUACAGGUGAAGUCCUAGGACCAAGUUGAAGACCACUAAACUGCUCAGUCUUGCUGUCUGUGAUCCUGCCAAGAUCAGCAUAAGCUUGUUAACAUCUGUAAUGUUAAAACAUAUACGUGUUGUCAGGAUUGGGGCUACUGAGACAUUUUAGUGGGAUUGACCUUGAAGACCAAGGAUUUUAAAAACUGAAAUUGAUCCUUCUUGAUUCUACUGGGGAAUUAUAAUUUUCUUCCUCUCCAGAAAUGAUACUUGUUGGUAAACUGUAUUCCCUCAUGUUACGUGUUGAGAAAUCUUUGGUACGGAGGAUUGAAAUGAAUGUAUUUUGAAUUAUGUUGCAGUUUAUUUAAUUCUGUCAAAGCAUGCUGCUUACACAAUUCUCAUUUGUACAAAUCUAUUGCUAAAAUGAUUAUUUUGUACUCAAAGUUGUGUAUUUUUGACAUUUCUUGUUACUCAUGUAAAAAUAUUUAUGUAUAUAGAAACAAAAAUUGUUUUGCCUCUUAUUGCUUUCUGUUAUUUUUUUCACUUUUAUGCUUAAUGCCUUCAUAUUUUAUUUUAUUUGGGCAUAUGCAUAAACAACUGCAAGAUUUCAGUGGUCUUUCUGCAACUGUUUGAGAUUUUUAAUUCUCAAAUUAUUCAAUAAUGUCGUCCUUGAAAGAGAUUUUAAUUUAUUUUUGUGUGAAAAAUAAAAAUUCAGAGCACAAGUUUGUUGCGGUUGCAAUGGUGAGGAUUUUCUUAAGUCCAGUUUUCCAGGAGCCACUACUUUGCCAUUAUGAACUGAUUUGAUCUUUUUUUGAGGAGUAGUCAUUUUCUGAUGUGGAGAAACCUUGAAUUACUGUUUUAAAAAAAGCUGUUAAGUAGAAUGGCAUUGUCUUUUCUGUACAUAUUACACCUGUGAAAAUACCUGAGAAACAAAAAAGAAAAAAAAAAAAGAAAAAAUAAAUAUGAACAUUCUCUAAAAAUGUAGCAAAAGUCUAUAGAAUUGUUCUAUCUUUGUGCAUUCACAGGUGUCCUGGAUUUAAUGCCUCAUUUCAUAGUUUUGAACACUAUUUAUUUUAUCUCUGUAUUAAAUAACAAAGAUUGUUUGCCUGAUGUAGAUGGUUUUGUUUAAGCCAAAAUGUUUCUUGUGGAAAGAAUUUGCAGAAUGCGCCUUUCUGAGACAUUGGGGUAGAGAUGUGUCAAUAUGUCUAAAACAAAUAAUAUCCAGCAAAAGGGAGAGCAAGCCUAAAAAGAGAGUAACUUUCCUAAAAAUACGACCUGAACUGGGUGUACUACAUUUUAGGGCUGAGUAAUUAAGAUCAUCUUACCGUGCAAUAAAUAAAACAGGCAGUGGCACUGUA